GAGCAAGCCUCUCACUUACACAGAUGUCGAUGUUUUGAUGACAAUCAUGUGAUAAUUAACCGACACUAUUGUUAGCAAUACAAUGGUUAAAAUGAGCUCGAUGUAUUGUCUAUACCGCCACAAGAAGGAAGAAAAAGGAUGAGAAGAUGUUAAGACAUCGUCGUGUUCACUCAUCUACCUAUAUUUCGCCGUAGAUGAGCUAAAUCGUGUAUGGUUUGGCAUCACGUUAACUUAAAGCUCACACUCACUGGCACAGAUUUUAGUGGCUGGUCGACUGAUCCGGGAGCUUGGGUAUAUAGUCGCUCCGUUAAAGGACCUCGGAAAUCACAAUGGCGUACACAUUUUACCAUGCAGUCACUUUUGUUCUCACAUUUAUGAGUUAUGCAUUUUUCCAUGCAACCAGAAAGACUUUCAGCAAUGUGAAGACAACAGUAUCGGAGGAAUGGACUCCGUCAUUUUACAACGAGACACAGUGUAACAAUGAAACAUGUCAACCAUAUGAUUUAUGGAACUCUCAUCAUCUAUUUCAAAAGCGAGGAGAAGAUACAGAAUUUCUGGGAGUUUUAGAUGCAGCUUUCAUGAUCUCCUAUGCUGUUGGGCUGUAUAUCAGUGGAAUGCUUGGAGACAGGUUCAAUUUGAGAUUGGUGCUGUCCUUUGGAAUGUGUUCAUCUGCAGUUUGUGUCUUUAUCUUUGGAUGUUUGUUUGAGUGGAUACAUUUCUACAACAAGUACAUGUAUGUGUUGAUAUGGAUCCUGAAUGGCCUACUACAGUCCACAGGGUGGCCUACCGUAGUCGCUGUCAUGGGCAACUGGUUUGGAAGGUCAAGUCGAGGGUUCGUGCUUGGUCUGUGGAGUGCCUGUGCCUCUGUUGGUAACAUCAUCGGUGCUCUCAUGGUUUCUUCCGUGUUGGACUACGGGUAUGAUUAUGCGUUCCUUGUUCCGUCCUCAUUCUUAUUUGCUGGGGGAAUCCUCAACUUCUUUGCCUUAGUGCCCUCCCCAAAAGAUGUUGGCUUACCAGUGGCUGAUGAAGACAAAGAAAAACAUACUGAGGAUGAUUAUGAUAGCACCGUCAGUGUCAAUAACGGCCAGAUGGAAUCAGGCAUCACGAGUUUGCAUGAAUUCCAAACCGAGUCUGAAGAACCAUUGUUGGGAUCGAGCUCUGAUGUCGAGGUCAGUGGUGCUGCCCUGAACCGUGACAAAGCUGUGACGAUGCGACAGGCAGUGUGUCUCCCGGGAGUGGCUCUGUAUUCCUUGGCCUACGCCUGUCUCAAGCUUGUCAACUACUCGUUUUUCUUCUGGCUUCCAUUCUACCUUUCCAACUCAUAUAAAUGGGAGGAGUCUACGGCCGACAAAGUGUCAAUAUGGUAUGACAUUGGUGGCAUAAUAGGUGGAACUAUAGCUGGUAUUAUAUCAGACCGAUUAGAGAAGAGGACAUUAAUUGUGAUACCGAUGCUGGUCCUGGCCAUACCGUCUUUAUUUGGAUACAGUCAAUCUCCUAACAGUCUGGUGAUCAAUGGUGUACUGAUGACGGUCGUGGGGUUCUUUGUUGGUGGCGUCUCUAACCUCAUCAGUGCAGCAAUAGCGGCAGAUUUAGGGCGACAGGGCCCAGUCGCUGGGAAUCAGAAGGCCCUAGCAACCGUCACCGGCAUUAUCGACGGUACUGGCAGUGUGGGAGCAGCCAUUGGCCAGCUUCUUGUGCCAGCCAUUCAAAAAGAAGCUAAUGGUAACUGGGUUCCAGUUUUCGUCUUCUUCAUGAUAAUGACAUUCCUGACCGGUGUAUGCAUAUUUCCACUAUUUAUCAGAGAAGUGAAGGACAUGAGAAAGCGCUACACAUGCUCGUGGUUCAGGGGCUGCCACAAAUAUCCCCUCUACUCCGACAAUAGCUUCGAGGACGACGACGAGCCAGUCAUAAUACCGGCAGAAAAUGAAAUAUCUUGAUGACUAUAUCCCUCAAGUUAAAUUGGUUCAAAAAUCUGUGCCAUAUAAGGUGUUUAUGGUGAAAAUGAUAUUGUUUUAAAAUGUUGAUUUAUAUCUACAGGUAAAUAUUUUAAGGAAAUCAUACGUUAAGGGUUAUUCCAGAAUCAUUGAGUGCAAGAAAGGUGGAGGCUACUUACCUAGAAAUAUAUAGGUGAUCAAAUUAUCCAGAAUGCACCCAGCGUUAUUGUGUGACGGUAAAUUAUUUUACAUUAUUUGAUAAGUGAUGCAUCUCUAAAGAAUUUCCUUUCCCUCCCAUACAAUCGCUUUGGAUUUGCUAUCACCAUUUUUCCUAAAUAAACUUGAACUGCAAAAAGUUAUGUCAUUUGCUUUGUCAAAAUUUGUAAUCUCAAUAUUUGUCUUUAAAAUUCCUUUAUACAAUAUGUUUUUUUUUUAAAUUUUUUUUUAUAUUGAAAAUAUGUCUUAUAAUAAUCCAUUUUAAAAAAGAACAUAUAUUGAAAUACUGCCAGAUUUAUGACAAUGAUCAUUUUACCCGAUUAAAUAAUUUUAACCACGUUUUAAUAUCAGGGAAAGCAAAUGAGUUGUUUGUUUAAUAUUCCCACUCUGCUAUACUUGUCCUCACAUUUGUCUGCAGCUUAUUUAAAAGAUUUUUAACAGUUAUUCUAACAUUCAAAACCAAGAUAUUUGAAACAAUGACAUUUAAAGUUUAAUAUAUCGUAAGCCUUUUAUGAAGUAAAAAUUGUGUAAAAAUUCUGGAUUUUACCUCAACUAUUGUAAUAGUGAUAUGCUCUUUUAAAAGUUUAAUUUUAUUAAAUGUGCCACAAAACACAAAAGUAAAAAAUAGAAAAUGUGGAUAUAUACAGUUUUGAUUAAAUAUAAAAUGAAAUGUUUUUAAGUGUACAUAUUGAUUUUAUUGUGUCAAAUGAUUUACUGAAUAACACUGUGUUCAUACAAUAGUAAGAAACAGCCGAUGUGGAAAACAUAUUGCCUAUAUGAUGUGUGCAUGUUGACUUUUGAGUACCUGUACAGUGUUCUAUGAUUUCCUUUACACUUGACUAAUAUUUAAAGUAGUUUACAGUGGUUGUGUACAAGUUCAGGUGUGUCAUGAUCCUUAAUUUACAUGUGCCUGUUAUUUUAAUUACUCAUUUAUUUUAUUGCAUGCAAGGUGUUAUUCAUAUCUUACUAUUUUUCCUCAAAUAUUUUUAAAAUCUCAUUAAAACUUGUUUUCAUAGGUUAAAUUUUUCCUCAUAUUUGUUUGUCUCUCUAAAACAAGUCAUACUUUAAAACAGAUGUAUUGCCAAUUUCAUAAAGCUUUGUUUUGUUUUUACAAUGUAAUGUAAACUGAUGGGAUGGGUCAGUGUGCUCUAUUUAAAUCAUAUUAUCAGGUGUACAUGGUAAACAAUGUAUCGUAAUCAUGGAUUGUCAGAAAGAUUUGCAAAAAAACUGAUUAAAGUGUCGGAGUAAGUUGUUAUUUAAGUCUAGUGGGUUAUUAACAAACAGAAAACUGCACACUUGCCUGGGGGUACUUCCGAUCCCACUAAUGGGGUAGGUCAUCUUCUUGUCUGCUCCAUAAUACAUGUAUUGAUUUGUCAGUGAAGGAUAUACAAAACUAGGGUGACAGAGACUCUUCAAUGCCUACUUCUGGUCAAUUUAGUCUGAUCAUUCAAUAAAUGUAAACAAAGUAUUUGAAGUUGUAAGUGUUCAUUCUUUCGAUUAAAUUGAAUGCUGCAGUAAGAUCAAGGCAAUGCAACAUCAUCUUAAACUAGUAAUAGAUUCUUCAGAAAGCUCUCAUGUAAAAACAGAGUAUAAAAAAAAUGUUGAUUUAAAAAGGAAUCAGUUUGGACAGGUCCACCUGUACUCCAAACUGAAAUAUUUUUGUCAACAUUCUAAUACUGAUAUGUAUGGAAAUGGCUACAUAUGAUGUUUAAAUGUAUAUCAGUUAUAUAUUUUCCUAUUGAUAACAAAUACAUACAUCACAUAUAACUAGGACUAAAACAUACUACAUCAUAUGUGAAUUUAUUGCAAAAUAUAUACAUGUAUUGAUAUGGUCAUUAUCCAGUUAGAAUUUCCAAUGCAGCAAUUUCCACAUCCAAUUUUUAGCUCACCUGUCCUUGUUUUAAAAGUAUUUUUCUCCCAAAUUCUGCUGAAGUUACAACAGAACAGAACUUAAUUGAACAUUGAGAUCGAUACAAAAGAUACAUGAGCACCAAUAGACAGCAUUGGAAUAAGUAAGUUAGUCUGGAGACUGAAAUGUUGGCAUAAUACAUUCCAGAAAGUUACAAAUGUUUUUCAACAAUUUCAUACGAGACACAAAUUCUACUUCAUAAAGGUGCUGAUUCUAUUAUACAUGUCUAUGCUUCAUCAAAUUGUGUUCAUCAAUCGACGUCAUCGUGAAAUAGGUUUACACUAAUCCAAACUGCUCAGGAUCCUCUGUUCCACAGAGUUUUGAAACACAUGUGAAAUAUAGCCUGAAUCACUUGAGGUUUUAUAGAAGAGUGAAAAUUGACUGUUGUGUGGUAUGUAAUAGGGUGGAUAAUACUGAGAAAACAUACAAUGUUUAUGCUGUUAUAAUGAUAAGUUAAUUUAAUUAGAAUAGACACACAUUUCUGUAAAAAAAAUGUGAACUGAGAUUAUUUUCAUUCCUAUUUUCAUGAAAUAAAUGAGAAAUGCUCAAUGUUCGAGUAGUAUUUGAUACAAACCUUAGUUACCACUGUUGCUAUGAUAUAAUGAUACUACUGUUGCUAUGAUAUAAUGAUACUACUGUUGCUAUGAUAUAAUGAUACUACUGCUGCUACACUUUACAUGGUACAACAUAUAAUCUUAUAAUCCUUGGUUACUUCAAUAAAAUUCAUCAGUUUUGAAAUACAUGUAUAUCAAAGUUUUACUUUAUGCACGAAGAAUGUACGUAUUAAACAUGUCGCAACAUGGUAGACAGCAUCCGGUAGACUAGCAAUCUCCGUUCCUUUAUAUAGUUUUAACAUAACUGUUUUUAAUCAUUUGGGGAAGCCUUCUGUUUUAUCAAUCAUGCCCUGAGUCAAUUUACACUCCAGUAUUAGGAGAUCGACUCAAUACCAGAAGAAGAAAGUUUCAACACAGACUGGUCCCUUUGUCAAGUUAUCACUCAAGCUUCUGUCAUAGCUUGACAAGGGGACCAACUUGUGUUGAAACGUAGGCGAUUUUGUUUGUGUAUGGAGUAAAACUUUGAUAUCAUAAUAUUUUUUUAUCACUGCUGUGUAAAUAAUUCAACUGUAAUAGGAUAUAUAUGCAGUUCUUCACAUAUCAUAAGUAUAAACCUUAGAUUUGUUAAAGAGUUAUCUCCCUUAUAUAAAUUGUCUAUAUUACAAGUUAAUUAGUUUUAAACUUUCUGAAAUCUAAUUAACGCCACAGUAUGUUAGCAUAUGUUCUAAAAAGAGAAAGCAUAAGUUCUAAAAAGAGAAAGCAUAUGCUCUAAAGAGAUUUUUGUUUGAGAUUUUUAUACAAAAGUGCAGCAUAUGGCAGCUUUUACUCUACAGUAUAUUACGUUUAUAUUACAUGUGCAAUUUUAUUUUGACUUAAAUUCAUGUUAAGUAUUGACUGUGUAUAAAAGUAACAAAUAAAUCAAUAUUUCUAUACAAACCAUACAUUUUUAGUUAAACAUUAAUAAAAGUUUUCGAAAAUAAGUACAGAAAGUGUCGGAUUUUAAAAUCUAGUAUGCACCGAAUGUGAACCAUUUACUGCAAUAAUGCUUUAUUUCCAUCGUACUCAUUUAGCAUACAAUAUAUUUAGGAUCUUACAUAAGUUUCCAUUUCAUAUGAGAUUUAUGAAAUGAGUCUAAGAAUUUUGAAAUUCGUGAAGAGUUUCAUAAAUUUC